GGGCCUUCCCUCCGGCGGGCCCUGCCGCUCAGGCACGCCCUUCCCCCGGUGCCUUGGGACCGCGGGCAGGGCGGCGUCGGGCCCCGCCGUGGAAGCGGCGAGGGUUCGCAGCCGGCCCGGGGUCUCGGAUAACGGCUGUUCUGUGUUCAGGUCGGUAGUGAAGAUGUCGGCGCCAACGAUGGAGGAGAGGAAGGCCUGCUGGGGGGCCCGGGACGAGUUCUGGCAGUGCUUGGAUAGGCACGGGGACGAUGCCUCCCAGUGCGAGAAGCUGCGGCUGUCCUUCGAGUCCCGCUGCCCGCAGCAGUGGGUUAAACAUUUUGACAAAAGAAGAGACUUUUUAAAAUAUAAAAGAAAGCUUGAAACAGAAGGCUAUCAUCCUCCAGAAGCUGCUGGAAAGUCAUAGGUACUCUGCUUUCAAAAUAAAUCUAGUGAGGAUAACUAUGGAAGGAAGAAGCAUGAGAAAGCAGAAGCAGCUACGUGAGCUCAAGAACUGGUAACCCGUCUCCCAGAAAUGCAGGCUGCUGUUCUUGUUGCAAGGUCUCUUGCAUCUGCUGAAAAAAAGAUGGCCAUGGACAGCUUUUUCAUGAGUAUGUGUCAAAGAAAUAGGGGUGCAGGGCUGUUCACAAAUCUAAGGUUUUGAAUGCCUAAUUAGUCAAAUUGUUUCACAGGAAUAAAUGAUUAUUUAACAGUGUAAUGUGCAUAUUCUAAAGAGAACAAUAAAACUGUUUUCCAGUAA